GAUUACGUGGGCGGACUUUCAUCCAAUGUGAGGUGAGGGGAGAUCAAGUUGAAUGGAGUCAACUUCCAACCUGUCAAGCGAUUACUUGUUCUCCUCCUCCUAAUAUUACCAAUGGGAUGCACAAUGGCAGUAAUGUGGAAAUCUUUGACUGUAACUCAUCGGUAACUUACAAAUGUGACCAUAAUUUCUCACUUACUGGAGAGGCCUCCAUUCACUGUACAACUAAAGAUAACAUCAAUGGAGUCUGGAAUGGGCCUGCCCCUGAAUGCAAAGGCAUUUGUGAUUCUCCUCCAAGGUUGAGUUUUGCUGAGUUGCCUGGGGUAGUGAACAAUUCCUAUCCUGUUGGGACCGAACUGAAAUACUCCUGUCACCCAGGAUACGUUUUGGACUCUGGAAAGUCUCCUGUAGUUACAUGUCUUGCAAAUUCAACAUGGUCAGUAGAUCCUGAGUUUUGUGUAGGAAGACCAUGUAAACAACUAGAACUAGAAAAUGGCAGGGUUCAUUUAACCGAUCUCCGGUUUGGUGCAACAGCAAACUUUUCCUGUAAUGAAGGGUACAGAUUAAAUGGAACGACUUCUGCCCAAUGUGUGGUUGUGGGAAAUGGAGUUGAUUGGGAUAAGGAGCUUCCACUUUGCCAAGCAAUACCUUGUCGUCCACCUCCUGAUAUCACCCAUGGAUCCCAUACUGGUCAGAGUGAACAACAGUUUCUCUAUGGCUCAGCAGUAACUUACAAAUGUGACCAGGGCUUCUCUCUUAUUGGAGAGGCCUCCAUUCAUUGUACAACGAAAGAUAAUGUCAAUGGAGAGUGGAGUGGGCCUGCCCCUGAAUGCAAAGUGGUCAGGUGUCCAGAGCCUGAAGUCAAAAAUGGGAAAAAGCAAUCUGGGUUUGGACCUGACUAUUCAUAUGGAAAUACCGUAAUAUUUGAAUGCGAUUCUGGCUACACUCUGAAUGGUAGCAGUUCAACUCAGUGCCAAGAUGAUGGUAGAUGGGAUCCUCCUGUCCCUGUCUGUGAAAGAAGUAAGUUGCUGCAGUGUCCCUCUCCUCCAGCCAUCGCCAACGGGAAGCCCAGCGUCCAGGCCUCGGCACUGUUCACCACUGGAACGUCUGUAAAUUACAGCUGUGAGCCCAGCUACUCCCUAACUGGGCAGGCAUCUAUUUAUUGUACGGCAUCCGGAACAUGGAGCCCUCCCCCUCCUCGGUGUGAGGAGGUUCUCUGCAUCACCCCAGAAAUCGAGAAUGGAAGAAAAGUAGCUGGACGUGGACCUGUCUAUAGACCCAGGGACACGGUUAGGUUUGAAUGUGAUCCUGGCUAUACCCUGAAUGGCAGCAAUCAGAUUCAGUGCCGAGAUGAAGGAACCUGGGAUCCUCCUCUUCCAGCCUGCAUACAGGUGACGUGCAUAAGCCCACAAGUGGAGAAUGGAAGAACAAAUGGGAUACAGCCUGCCUACAGACCCAGAGACAUCGUUGUGUUUGAAUGUGACCCUGGUUACACCUUGAGCGGCAGCCCAGAGACUCAGUGCCAGGAUGAUGGUAGAUGGGAUCCUUCUGUCCCUGUCUGCGAAAGAAUGCUGCAGUGUCCCUCUCCUCCAGCCAUCGCCAACGGGAAGCCCAGUGGCCAGGACUUGGCAGUGUUCACGAGUGGAAUGUCCUUAAAUUACAGCUGUGAGCCCGGCUACUCCCUAACUGGGCAGGCAUCUAUUUAUUGUACGGCAUCCGGAACGUGGAGCCCUCCCCCUCCUCAGUGUGAAGUUUCAGAGGUUCUCUGCAUCGCCCCAGAAAUCCAGAAUGGAAGAAAAGUUGCUGGACAUGGACCUGUCUAUCGACCCAGGGAUACAGUUGCGUUUGAAUGUGAUCCUGGCUACACCCUGAAUGGCAGCCUUCAGAUUCAGUGCCGAGAUGAAGGAACCUGGGAUCCUCCUGUUCCAACCUGCGCACAGGAGGUUCUCUGCAUCGCCCCAGAAAUCCAACAUGGAAGAAAAGUAGCUGGACAUGGACCUGUCUACAGACCCAGGGAUACGGUUAGGUUUGAAUGUGAUCCUGGCUACACCCUGAAUGGCAGCCGUCAGAUUCAGUGCCAAGAUGAUAGAACCUGGGAUCCUCCUGUUCCAGUCUGCAUACAGGUGACGUGCAUAAGCCCAGAAGUGGAGAAUGGCAGAACAAAUGGGGUACUACAGCCUGCCUACAGACCCAGAGACAUCGUUGUGUUUGAAUGUGACCCUGGUUACACCUUAAGCGGCAGCCCCGAGACUCAGUGCCAAAAUGAUGGUAGAUGGGAUCCUCCUGUCCCUGUCUGUGAAAGAAUGCUGCAGUGUCCCUCUCCUCCAGCCAUCGCCAAUGGGAAGCCCAGUGGCCAGGACUUGGCAGUGUUCACCAGUGGAAUGUCUGUAAAUUACAGCUGUGAGCCCGGCUACUCCCUAACUGGGCAGGCAUCUAUUUAUUGUACGGCAUCCGGAACGUGGAGCCCUCCCCCUCCUCGAUGUGAAGAGGUUGUCUGCAUCACUCCAGAAAUCCAGCAUGGAAGAAAAGUAGCUGGACGUGGUCCUGUCUAUAGACCCAGGGACACGGUUAGGUUUGAAUGUGAUCCUGGCUACGCUCUGAAUGGCAGCCGUCAGAUUCAGUGCCGAGAUGACAGAACCUGGGAUCCUCCUGUUCCAGUCUGCAUACAGGCGUUGCCAUGUCCCCCACCUACGGUCAUUGUCAAAGGGAAGCACAAUGCCAAGCCAUUGGCAACUUUCCCCAGUGGAACAUAUGUGAAUUACAGCUGUGAACCCGGCUAUGCCCUCCGUGGAGAGGCUUCGAUCUAUUGUACCACAUCUGGAACUUGGAGCCACCCUUCUCCUCUAUGUGAAGAUGGCUGUGGUGUCCCAACGAGGUUUACCUUUGCUGAGCUGAAGAGCGAGUAUAAAAAUCAGUCUUCCUUUCCUGUUGGGAAGACUAUAAACUAUACUUGCCGGCCUGGAUACAGCAGACAGCCGCAGAUACCACCCACUAUUACAUGCCUUCAGAAUCGAAGGUGGUCAGAAGCACUCAAGUUCUGUAAAAAGAAAUCGUGUGGUCAUCCAGGAGAGCCGGAGAACGGCAGAGUUAUUAUAACAGAUGUCCUCUUUGAGUCAACCGUCAACUUCACUUGUGAAGAAGGACACCGGUUGAUUGGACAGCCUUACAGACGAUGUGAGAUUUCUGGCAUGCAUGUUGCAUGGAGUGGUGAAGUUCCCAUUUGUGAGAAGGUUAGAUGCCCAGCCCCACAAAUCCAGAAUGGAAGAAGAGUAUCUGGUGACAGACAUGUCUAUUGGUAUAAAGACAGUGUUACCUUUGAGUGCGAUCCCGGCUACACCAUGAAGGGUCACAGUCUGAGUCAGUGCCAAACUGAUGACACGUGGGAUCCACCUUUGCCCAUCUGUGAGCCAGGCAAGUGUCAAAACUCUGAUUUGUUCGUAUUAUUCAUCUAG